UAAGCCAUUCUAUCUUUACUGAACAAAGUUCACGCUAAAAAAUGUGAAAACUAGCAACAGAGGAGGUAUGGAGAUAGGUAGGAAGUAUACACUUAUGCUGCCCUGAAUGGGUGAUAGACAGUCGAAUAUGAGGAUGACGACAGCCAGUGAAUUUUGUGAGGCGAACGAGGCCACACCGAAUAAUAUGAGAAGCGCUUACUACCCAAUUAAGCUAUAGGAAUCUAGGUAGCUUGUGGCUGGGUAAUAAGGGACGGAAGGCUAAGUUACUGGGAUGAACCUAGUCGUGACGGCAUUGGAAAAGUCUCGUGGGUGAAGGCAGAAUCCAAGAUGAACCGCCUCGUUGCAGCUAACGAACGGCUAAGGCUGGGUGGGGUUGAAGGCAGAGUUGCUGACGUGACGGCGAGAUUCUGAAGUUCCACAAAGGACCAAAAUAGCGCUAUGACUAGCUCCACGAGCUUCAGGGAUCGGGAGGGGCCGUGUAUCGCCUCACUUUGAGCCUUAACGACGGAUGUUGGACAGGGAAUGCUGAUCUGGCUAGGGCUUGUAGAAUAUUUGACGAUAGUCGACGUUCCCCCAAUAGUUCACCGAACCAAGAAACGUACUCCGUGCUUGGCUUCAGUUCGAAAACCCGCGUCCAGCCCGUCGCCUUCGAUAACGCCGUCGAAUGUAUCGAGGCCUUCUCCCGCUCAAACAGCGCGAUCCAUCGCGAUCUCUUUGUGAGACGGACCGAACAGGGUCAUGGCUAGUGCCAGCCUCGCGCCAGGGGUGGGCACGGCUCAUAAAGUAUGCUAUAUCGCUCAGCCGGGCUUGGAUUUCUCUCGAUGCGCGAUCAGCGACGCUUCAGAGGACCAACACACCGUGAAUUCGACACCGCGGCCAAAUCGACAAUCAUAGUAUCGCAUCUAAUGAUUAAAGAAACCAUUAGAUAUACUCCCCGAUAUCCCGCGCGAAAUGCCCCGUAAAAAGCCUGGGUCCACCGUUUGUAUCGCGGGUAAAAAGCGAGGCUGUCUAGUCUGCUCUCCAACCACGAACGAGGCUCGUGGUUGGUGUGUCGUCGGUGAGCUAUUUCUGGCCUUCGCUAACAUGCUUGUGGGGGGCCUAAUGAUGUUUCCUUUCCAACAAGCCGCAAAUCUUCCAGAAGGGGGAGAAUUAGAGCAAUUUAGCAAUGUCGGGCGGAAUGUGAUUCUGCGAAUUCGCACCGGGUUGGAGUUCCAACAGGAUAUAUGUCGGGGCUUCAUAGACAUAUUUCUGAAUAUUGUCAGAGCAAUUGCAGGGAAAGAUGAUCCGGGGGGGGGGGUACAUGACGCGAAUGUUGUCGUUGCCAUAGCCAAUCAUCACCUGAGAAUCGCCUCAAAUCCAUCAAAACACGCCCAACCAACUGGGACCAUAUCCGUUUGAAUACAAGAGUCCUAAUUCAGUAAAUAUAAAUCAUUUCAAUAUCUCCUUUGCGAAAAGUAACAAUAAAUCAUUGCUCGAGGUCAGCUAGAGAGAGUCCGGGAUACCAGCGCUUUAUAUUUGUCCGCAACUGUCAUCCGUCCCCUCCACAAUAUUGGGCACAACUGCAUGACGCAUGAAGGAAGGGAGGACCCGACUCACAAAUUCCACGAUAGGCAACAUUGGCUGGAUACAAAUAGUCCUGGGUCUAUAAUAUAUGACCAUCUGGUUCGUUGUCAGACGCUUUGGGGUCCAGAGGAUUUCGCCGCAUUCUAGUUGCCGGAUCAGCACAUACGUUGCCGCGUAGCCAAGUUCGCAAUUGGAAGGCGAAGCGCCAGGGAACCUACCUGUUACCUCCGUUGUUUGAGUCGCUAUCAUUCCGCCUACAGCGGCGAGAGGCAGGCUCAUAGGACUCUCUCCCGACACAAUUUCCACGCCCUCGGAACGAGUCACCUCACCAGUCCCCAAGAUGUCCGCCCCCGACUCCCCAGAACAAACCUUCAGCCUCUUCACCUCCCUCCGCUACGACCCCCUCCUCCUCACCUGCGCCGCCAACACCACCCUCAGCCCCACCCCAUCCCCCUUCUACAUGCUCUCCCACCACCGCGACCGCAUCCUCGACGCAGCGCGGCACUUCAACUGGCCCGAAGCAGUCGCGCGGUUAUCCGGUCCCUCCGGGCUAGAUCAUUUCCUCAACACCCUGGAGGACGCGGUAGAUACCACUUCUACCACCCCUAGGCGAGUUCGAGCCGUGGUUGAUAGACGGGGGGAGAUUACUGUGGGUAGUUUUGAAAUCCCAUCAAGGCCGCUGAGGAACCUUUUUCCUACGCGGUUACCGCCGCCGGGGACGGCGCCGCCGAGAGUCAAUCCUCUGACGGGGGGCGCGUUAUCCCUAGGCGACGGUGACUCAACCGUGCAACAAGGUCCCGGCUACGGCGAGCCCUCGCGCGACGAAACCUGGUCCGUCAUGCUCGACACCAUAGACACCUCCCCCUCCCCCCUCACCUCCUACAAGACCACAAGCCGCGACAUGUACAACUCCGCCCGAACACGGGUAGGUAUAGAAUCCAUGUCCGACCCUAAGGAGGUGUUGAUUACGAGCACGAAGGAGGGGGAGAUUAUGGAGGGGAGUCUGACGACGGUGCUGUUUUGGAGGGGGGGAAAGUGGGUUACGCCGCCGGUGGAGAGUGGGGGGCAGGUUGGGACGACGAGGAGGUGGGCGCUGGCCAAUGGGUUGUGUGUGGAGGAGGUGGUAAGGAGGGGGGAGGUGGUGGAUGGGGACGAGUGUUGGGUUAGUAAUGGAGUUAGGGGGUUUAUUGCUGGGGUAAUAAAGCUGUAG